AUGAUGGCUUUAUGGGCCACAAAGUUGUCAAUCGGUUUGGACGACGACAAGCCUGUCCUCGCUUGUCUGAUGUCCGCCAGAACCGAAAUCCAACUUUAUCUACAUGGAAAAAAGGGUAGGGAGAAUGUGCGACGCGCCGAGAGCCAAGAGGGCCAAGAGCCGACAGUCGCCAUGGAACUGACCCACAGAGGCGGUCUUUCCUCAACGCAAGAAGCUUGGACGAAAGAAGGAGCGGUCGCAGCGCUGGAUCCAACAUCAGCCGCACCGUGGAGACCUUUCCGUUUUUCUCGCCCGAGGCGGCAGCUGGAGAGAUUGCUUUUUGUAAUUUCAAGGCCAGUUGUCGUCGGUCGUGUGGGGGAGUGA